CGCGAUGUACAGAGCCGCGACACGCGACACGCAACCAACAGUAGCAGCAGCAGCAGCAGCAAAAGUUGUGGCAGCAGCACUUGCAACACUUGCAACAGCAGCAGCAGCAACAGCAGCCGGAAGACCAAACGACCAUUGAGCCGCCCUUUUAAGCCGUGUUAGUAGACCGCGGUCGUCGUGGCGAACGAAAACCGUCGCCAAUCGAAUAAAAUUGCAAAAUUCAAGCAAUGCGAAAUUACCGCUAAAAUCGUCGCAGCCUCCUACGAAUUCUUCUACCUUUUUUUUUUUGUACAUUUUUUUCCAGUGCUCGCGACGCGAACCAAUUUGAAACCUAACAAAAUCUGAAAAUAAUAAUAUACCCCCUUUCUAACUUCGACAACAAGCAAAAAGUCCUUCGGCGGAGCAACUUGCCUACUUUGAGGCGGAAGGAGCGACACGAAUCACACCCCUAAUACACCGCCAAAUGAGCUGGAAAUGUCCAAGUGGCCGGCGGCGAUGGUGGAUGGGCCAUCAAGGAAGCAGCAACAGCAGCGUCGGCAAAUAAGCCAAAUUAGCGGGAUCCCGGCCAGAAGCGGGCACAUCUCAAUCACAUCCGAGGAACAAUGCCCUGAAAGAAAUCCAUUCAAAUCGCCCAAGUAAUCGGCAAAUAAUCGCGUAUUCGCUUCGUUUCGUUACGUUACGUUUCCUUCGGUUUGGGUUUCGGUUUCGGUUCCGCGAGUGCUACCACUUCCGUUUCCGCCUGCGUGUCGUUGUGUGUGUGUCUACAUCUCCAUCUAAUCUGUAUCUGAAUCUGAAUCUGAAUCUGUAAUUGUAUCUGUGUGUGAGCUGUUGGCCAGAUACGUAUAUCAAUCUUGAUUUUUUGUUGUUUUUUUUUCUACCCCGCCUUCCCACUUGCAAAGAUCGUUAAAGAGUUGGGAAACUAAACUAAAUCGAAUCGCAGAGCAUGCGAGUCGUCAAGUCGGAUAAAUGAGUAUUGAGUGUUGCGGUCGAGGAUUCCAUGGUUCUGGCCAUCAGCAUCGCUGGCCUACACUGUGCAUCGUGAGUGGGACUCGAAUCGCAGGCGUUUUCGCUCCUCCCGCCCUCUGUCCUUCGCUAUCAGCAUUAUCAAGGCCAACUACGGAUAUUAAUAGUUCUAAUCGCAAAUAAUUACCAAUAGCAAUCUACGAUUCAAGUAAUAAUACAAUACAUAUUCAAAACAUAACUAUCAGCGCAGCCAGCACACGGGAAGCAAUAAGCUGCCCGUGCACGUAAUUCUUCAUAUCGUCGUUUAAUCGCCUUCCUGCCCUAUGCACUAUAUAUCAGCAACAACUACAACUAAAAUUUCAAACAAAAAGCAAUCGUAAAAGCAAAGAAUAAUAGUAAAUGUCGUAAUUGGAACAAAUGUUGUACAUACCUACGGAUACAUUGUAAAUAAAUUGUACGAUAUUGCGAAAUACCCGAAAUAUGACGAUACAAGCUAUAGCGAUUAGGCUUCUUCCAAAUCCAUUUUAUAUCCAUCCCGUUUUUAACAUGAAACCAUUUUUCGGUUUUCAUAAUUGAUCAAAUAACCUGACUAGCUUCCAUUUAAAUUAAAGAGUAUCGGAUAUUCAAUUGUCGACCUACUGCGACCUUCUAUCAAAAAUCAUAAAUUAUAUCAAUAAUCGGACAUUUUCAUUCGAUAGAAUCUUUGGCCAGCAAAAUUUAGCUAGAAGACAAAAUAUACAAGAAGAGGAAUUUUUGCAUACUAAAUUUAACGAACCUAUACGGAAAUUGCAAAUAAAGCAAGAAAGGACAAACAAAGCAGAGAGACCCAACAAUAAUUAGCAUUAAAAAUUGGUUAACAAACAGAAGACCCAAAAAUAUCGAAAUAAAGGAUUAGUUCUACGCCCAUUGUGAUUAUUAAUUUUAGACAUAGGCCAAGAAACCAACAGCAAUUCAAAGGGAAUCGUUGCUCACAAAUAGAAAAGCAGCACAACACGACCAAAAAGCAAAGCGAAAGCAAGAGAGAAGCAAAGCAAAAGCGAGAAGCAACAUUAGCCGCCCAAAGAAACUGGAAAGCAUUAGCCAAAAACUCUUAGUUCAAUUCCAUCCAACAACCAAAACCAAACUCUCGGCUAUGACAAAUGUGAGGCGUUCAAACUGAAAAAAAAAGAAAGAUAAAAAACCUAUUGAUGCGGCUGCCGAACCCAGAAACAACUCAGUUUCAACUCUUGCCCUGUGGCAUCUGUCCUCUAUAUAUAUUUGUAUAGUAUAUACAUAUAUAUCUGAUCUGAAGUUCCAAGUCGCGAGUGCGUUUCCGUUUCCGUAUUCGCGUCCAUUUUCGUUUCGGUUUCGUUGGAAAGCUAGAGCGGCUGCUGCCACUGCCACAGUUUCUUCGAUCGGAACCGGAUUUGGGAAACAGCCGCCAAGAUGACCAUGUGGCAGAGUGGCGGCAUGGGAGGCCAUGGCUCCCAGAACAAUCCAUGGAUGAAGCUGAUGGGCAUCGUCCACAAGGAGCGGCGCCACACGGAGAACGUUCAGAGUCAGUCCGGUUCCAACGAGCGCAACCUGAACCAGUCUUUGCCCAAAUUGAGCAGUCAAGACGAAGAAGGGGGGGCUGGUCAUGGCUUUGGUGGCGGACCGCAACACUUUGAACCCAUUCCUCACGAUCAUGAUUUCUGCGAAAGAGUCGUUAUAAAUGUAAGCGGAUUAAGGUUUGAGACACAACUACGUACGUUAAAUCAAUUCCCGGACACGCUGCUUGGGGAUCCAGCUCGGAGAUUACGGUACUUUGACCCGCUUAGAAAUGAAUAUUUUUUUGACCGUAGUCGACCGAGCUUCGAUGCGAUUUUAUACUAUUAUCAGAGUGGUGGCCGACUACGGAGACCGGUCAAUGUCCCUUUAGACGUAUUUAGUGAAGAAAUAAAAUUUUAUGAAUUAGGUGAUCAAGCAAUUAAUAAAUUCAGAGAGGAUGAAGGCUUUAUUAAAGAGGAAGAAAGACCAUUACCGGAUAAUGAGAAACAGAGAAAAGUCUGGCUGCUCUUCGAGUAUCCAGAAAGUUCGCAAGCCGCCAGAGUUGUAGCCAUAAUUAGUGUAUUUGUUAUAUUGCUAUCAAUUGUUAUAUUUUGUCUAGAAACAUUACCCGAAUUUAAGCAUUACAAGGUGUUCAAUACAACAACAAAUGGCACAAAAAUCGAGGAAGACGAGGUGCCUGACAUCACAGAUCCUUUCUUCCUUAUAGAAACGUUAUGUAUUAUUUGGUUUACAUUUGAACUAACUGUCAGGUUCCUCGCAUGUCCGAACAAAUUAAAUUUCUGCAGGGAUGUCAUGAAUGUUAUCGACAUAAUCGCCAUCAUUCCGUACUUUAUAACACUAGCGACUGUCGUUGCCGAAGAGGAGGAUACGUUAAAUCUUCCAAAAGCGCCAGUCAGUCCACAGGACAAGUCAUCGAAUCAGGCUAUGUCCUUGGCAAUAUUACGAGUGAUACGAUUAGUUCGAGUAUUUCGAAUAUUUAAGUUAUCUAGGCAUUCGAAGGGUUUACAAAUAUUAGGACGAACUCUGAAAGCCUCAAUGCGGGAAUUAGGUUUACUUAUAUUUUUCUUAUUUAUAGGCGUCGUACUCUUCUCAUCGGCGGUUUAUUUUGCGGAAGCUGGAAGCGAAAAUUCCUUCUUCAAGUCCAUACCCGAUGCAUUUUGGUGGGCGGUCGUUACCAUGACCACCGUUGGAUAUGGUGACAUGACACCCGUCGGCGUUUGGGGCAAGAUUGUGGGAUCACUUUGUGCCAUUGCUGGCGUGCUGACCAUCGCACUGCCGGUGCCGGUCAUCGUCAGCAAUUUCAACUACUUCUAUCACCGCGAAACGGAUCAGGAGGAGAUGCAGAGCCAGAACUUUAAUCACGUUACUAGUUGUCCAUAUUUGCCAGGUACAUUAGGUCAACACAUGAAGAAAUCAUCAUUGUCUGAGUCCUCAUCGGAUAUGAUGGAUUUGGACGAUGGUGUCGAGUCCACGCCGGGAUUGACAGAAACACAUCCUGGACGCAGUGCGGUGGCUCCAUUUUUGGGAGCCCAGCAGCAGCAGCAACAACCGGUAGCAUCCUCACUGUCGAUGUCGAUCGACAAACAACUGCAGCACCCACUGCAGCAGCUGACGCAGACGCAACUGUACCAACAGCAGCAACAGCAGCAGCAGCAGCAGCAAAACGGCUUCAAGCAGCAGCAGCAACAGACGCAGCAGCAGCUGCAACAGCAACAGUCCCACACAAUAAACGCAAGUGCAGCAGCGGCGACGAGCGGCAGCGGCAGUAGCGGUCUCACCAUGAGGCACAAUAAUGCCCUGGCCGUUAGUAUCGAGACCGACGUUUGACUACUGGUGCAAAAGACGUUGCGUGGUAUAAAUUUGGCCUUGACAGGAGUUACGUUGGAUGCCAGAAACGACUACAAAAGCUGUUUAUAUUUAAUUUAAGUAGAACAAAUAACAAAAACAAAUUUAAUCUAUUGCUAAAUUAAAUUAAAAUCUAAAUUAAAAUCUAAAUUAAUUUAAUUAAAUUAUACAUUUAAUGAUAAACAACACUAAAACAAAAACAAAAAAUUCAAAUCCAGAAAUAACAAAAGGCAAGAAAUGAACGGUAAGAGAGUACGAAUAAAUCCGUAUAGUAAGGCAUAAACCAAAAGUCCAAGAACUAAUAAACAUUGACAAAUAACACUACAUAACAGAAGGGACAUUAAAGCGACAGCAUAAACAUCGAAGAAGUGAUGGCAGAAUUUAAUUUAAAUUUGCAACAACCGAAGCUAAAUAACACCGCGAUCAAGCUGUAAGAGCAAAUGGAAACUGUAAAUAAUGCAAUAAAAUCACAAAGCUCACAAGCCAUUAUAUUUUAGCAAGUAUAAUACAGUGAAAAGGCUUCGGAACUUCCAUCCAAAGGACGAACAAUGAAGCCAAGCACAGUGAAGCAAGUCCAUAUUGAGGAAUGUCCCUUUGAAGAGCUAAAAGAAAUAGACAGCAAAGAUUUACGAUCUACAAAGCAUGCAGUCACCGAAACAGACACACACACACACACGCAUUACUAAAAAAGUAUAGAAAAACUGCCGUUAUAUUUAACUGAAAAGUAACAAAGAAGAACCAUAAAACCAAAGCCAACAUGUAUAGUCAUCAAGCGAAACCCGAGGCAAUAUCUGCUUUUUAAAUGUGACAGAAAAUACUAUCGUGUAACUUAGACAGCUAGCCAUCUGUAACUGAACUACUGAUUAACUGAACUAACCAACUAAGCAUAUAUACACCACACACAUACCUAUAUGUGAUAUAUGUAUGUAUUAUGUGUGUAACCUAAUCAAUAUCGUUCGUAACACUACUCAAGACCCUAUUGUUUUUUGACUAAAGCUUAAGAGAAAUCCAGAACCCUCCACCUAUACAUAUAUGCCCACCCAGUCCACUUCUAACCUCUAUCCACUGAACAACACAUAUUAACUAACUGAACCCAUAUCAGCUAUAACUUCUGCUUCGAUCCCCCCGAAUUAAAACGAAAUAAAAAGUACAAAUAUUCAACUGAAGGCAAACGCGAAACAACUAACGUUACUCGUAAGCUAUUACGAUUGUUUAAUGGAAUUUCGAAGAAAAGGGAAAGGCGAAACGACUGCAAUUUAACUACAAGACCGAAACGAACAUUAAUGGAAACAUCCAAUGGAUUGCUCGUAUUCCCCACUCACAGAUCCGCUCAAUCACAAUAAAUAAUAUCACAAAACCAAAAGAUUAAAUGGCGACAAGAGAUACAACAAAACCGAAAACGCUCUUAUGAUUUUUGUAAUGAAUGCAAACUAUAUAAGACAAGAUGAAAACCAAAAAAUAACAAAACAAAUGGUAAAAGUUUAACACUAAAUUACGGGGCUCUCCAGCGAUGAUUUCUUUGACUGAAUUGCGGGGGUUGGUCAUUUAAAUCCAUUCCCACCACAAGAAACCCCAUUCACAGCAAACAAAAUACAAGAAAUUGUUGACUGAACCAUGCGAAUUCAACUUUUGCAUUAAAUGUAUUAUAACAGAGACACUAUAGUAUGAAGAUAUAUAUUUAUGUGUGUGAAUGUAACUGCAUAGAUGAAUAUAUGAUAUCAUAUAUAUAUGGAUUCCUAUAUAUAGGAUACCUGUACAUAAGAAAGGUUGCUCUAAUCGAUGUUAAUUGAUGGAUAGCAACGAUGCCAACAAGAUACCCCGAUCAUAUUUGAGUGUAAUUUUUAAAAAGCUUCGAAAACCGUCCACACACACACACACACACACGCUAACGUAUUCAACACACACACACAGACACAUAUAGAAGAUAUGGAUAUGAAUGGGGCGAUACCCAAUGUCAGGGGCGAAGAGCUAGAAGGGGUUCCAGAGUCCCAAGCCAACAAAAAGAUCCGGAGGAGCAGAGCAGAGCAAAGUGCCUUAAGGAACAUUGUAAGCUGGCCGAUUCGACCCCCUUUGUCGUGUCUCAGCCCCUCGAUUGGGAAUAUGGCCCCCCCUUUUUCUUUUUUUUUUUUUUUUGCACCCGCCCCUGCAACCCCUGGCAAUUCAGUAGAACCAGCUGAAAAAGCUAACAAUAAUGCAACGUUUCCAAGGUGCCACAGUGGAGGCCAGACAAAGGGCCGAACGAUACGUGGACACCGUGUAAAUAGUCGCUACCCAGAAUCCCAAUGAUAUAGGGUAUUCCCACUGUGGCUGCUAACUGCUGUAAAUACUAUCCAAAUACAAAUACAUCUUGCAAAUGCGAUUUUGUACAAAAAAAAACAAAAACAAAAGGAAACAAAAACCAAAAACUAAUCCUAACGAUAAACCCAAUAAAAACUAACGAAAUUAAGUAAUAAAUAAAUAAAUAAAAUGAAAUGAAAGAGUAUAAAACAUUUAAAUGUCAGCUAAGUGUACUGUACGUAGUUUUUCUUUAUCUGUAAGAAUGCAAAGAUUUAAGAAAUGAAUAAGCAUUAGAGAAGAUAACGAUAAAGAUAAAGGUCCAGUCGAAGAUGAUGAAACUAGCAAAACACCAAAGACGAACGAGGAUAUUGAGGAGAGGGAAAUGAAGCGUAACGAAAAGAAAACCGCCUACUUAAGAUUAGAUUUUAUGUUUUAGAUCGAUCGUUCGAAGGAAAUGAUUUUAGCUUCAUUAAUACAAGAUUACCAGAUAGCGGAUAAAGGUUAACGAUAAAAGAUACCAAACCACAUGAAAUAUGAACAUGAAAAUGAAUCCAGAUAGCGAUACAAAGAGCCGAGUGUAAAGUAAGGUUGUUUUUUUUUCCUAGCCUUAAUCUAGACAAAUGAAUAAAUUUAGCAAACAUAAGUGUAAAUGAGUCUAAGAAUUGCCGAUGUAUAGCUGAAUUUAGAAUUUUAUUUUAAUUUUAUUAUUACGAUUAUAUGUUCAUAUUUUGUCCUACAUUUUAAGACUUUGAUUUAAUCACAAAAUAAGCCACUAUAAUUAAACAACAGCAAAAAAAAAAAAAAGGAAAAACACAAAACAAAAACCACAAAUAAAAUGAAGAACAAGAAAUUGAAAAUCGUGUUAAUAUUUACCUAUGAAAGCUUAACAAAAAACAUAAAUUAUAAAAUGAAACAAGAAAAAAAAACAGAAAAAAUUUGGAAUAAAUGUGUUCAGCAAAAGAAAUGUUAUUAUAUGUUUAAAUAAAUUACAAUUAAUUCGAAAUGAACAAAAAAUUUAAUGUAAUUAAAUUGAGCUAAGUACACGAGUAAAAUUCUAAACAAUUUCAAAUUGUACAUAAACAGCAUAUACAUAUACAGAUACAUUUAGCAUGUAGCAUAUAUCUAGACAUAUGCAUAUGCUGCAUCCCGAAUUACAAGCUAGCUAAUCGCAGACUAAGCGCAGACUAAAAUACGAAAAAAACCAAAACCCUGAACAUACCAAAGACACACACUCAAGCAAGAUGAACCAGUGAGGAGAUUAGGAAAACGGAACCCCAUGCUGAUCCAAUCCGAUCCGAGUCCACAAUAAAGAAGCGAUAUCGAAGCAAAUAAAUUGAGAAAAGUGUUUUCGAAACGUUUUUUAUUUCGCACAGUCGACUGUGCCCACUCCCUCCACCACCUUAAAUAGUAUCCCCCUUGUAAAUAGUAUUCAAAUUAUCCGUCUCAUUCCAUUCCGAUUCGCUCCGUUCCGUUUCAUACCUGUAUGUAUACCUACACAUAUAUAUUUUCUGGUAUUUGUAUUUUAGCCUUAGAUCCGUAGUUAGUCGAGUCGAAAUGGAAACGGAAUGAAAACCGGAAAACGGAAACCGUAUCCCUUUCGAUUUAGGAUCUAGUCUGAAGCAAAAACGCUAGUUCUGUAUUCUUAGUUUGUAUUGUAAUUGUAUUAGCUGGCGCUCAAAAAAACCCAAAUGUAAUGAAAAGUUCUAAAUUGUAAAUACAUAUUUGAUUUCGUUUCGUAACGUACGAGUAUCUUGUGUGAGCUCAACCUAAUUUUCGUCUUUGGCAUAUCAAUCACUCCCAACUGCAGUUGAGUUAUCCGAUCCGUAAUCAGUAAUCAGAAAUCAGUAAUGAGUCAAUCAGUCGAUCAACGCUAACCGAUACAUACGCUAACCCACAUACAUACAAUAUAUACUACAUACUACCACAUACACCGCUCUCACGUACAUACAUGAUUUAGGAGCUGAAAGCGCAUUUCUUUCGGUUUUCUUAUUACUUUCAUAUGCUUGAACUAUGCUCUCUACUCAACUCUACGCUCUACUCAACUCAACUCUAGUCUAGCCUACUUUAAUCCAAAAGCGAAAUGCAUUAAACGAAAUCGAAAAACUUAGGGCGAUAUAUUAGUGAAUAGAAUCCCAGGAAAACAAGAACAAGAAGAUGAUAAUGAUGAUGAUGAAGAAGCAAACAUAUCGUUGUAAAGCAAGAACUAAGUUAUGAAAACCAUAAAUAACUCAAAUGAAAAAGUCUAACUUAUGAUGCAUAAUUAUUUUCGAAUAUAACACUAACACGCCACAACAAACAUUCGACUUCUCCAGUUCAAUUCCAACCAAAAACAAUCUUUUCAAGUUUUCCAUUAAAUAUAAUUGCAAACCUAACAAAAAAAAAUAAAUCUUAACACGCAUACGUAAACAAAAAGGAAUAUUUAUAUAAAAAUAAUGAAAACCAUUUUGAUUGUACGGACUAUAAUGAAACAAUACACAUUUACCAAAUGCUAUGUACGAGUAAAUCAAAACAUAAACCAACAAAUGGAAAUAAAAAAAAAAAAAAUCUUUCAAAAUCUUCUCAAUGCUUCAAGAACAAACAAAAAGAAAGCAAAUUUCUCUUAAGGACAAAGACUGCAAAUAGAGAUUUAAAAAAAAAAAAAACGUACACUUAAAAAGCAAAAGGAAAAACCAAAAACAUUGAUAAAUUAAUUGAUUUUUAAUUCUAAUUUGGCCUUGAUUCAACCUACCAGGAAAUAAGUUUAGGUUUAGUUAGAAGUUCAAGACACUACACCACACAUCACCACACAAUACCAUACAAUACCAACCAAACCGGACCGGACCGGACAGAACUGAAUCGUAUCGAAUCGAAUCGUAUAGAACUUUUGAAUUUGAAGAACUCCACCCGAACCGCAGACAUUUAUGAGUAGUAUCAGAAAUAGCACUUUUUUUGGAAAUAAUAGCAACAAUCAUGCAGAACCAAUGAACAAGACCCAGUCACAAACAAGUACAUGAAAGCAGAUGAUAAUGAUAACAUACAUACAUACAUACGUACAUAAAAUACAAAAACUCGAUUCGAACACGAUGAAGUCGCAAUAAUCACCAUUGACAAAAAAUCUAGUAUUACGCCCGAUAAGAUAUUACAAAGCUAAAACGAAAACCGAAACUCACACACAGAAAUUAAACCGAAAAAAAAACCAAAGAACGCAUAAUGAAAACAAAAGAAAACGAAACCAAACAAAAAUGGAAAUGUUGUUAAGAUUAAAAAUGAAAUGUUUUAUAAUCGUUAUUCAAUAAAAAUAAAAAAUAAAUAAAUUUCCAAGAAAUCAUUAACCAAUAAACAAGCAAGCAAUGGCGCAAUUCGAAUUCAUUCGAACAAUUCUAGCUGUAAUCUACCACCAUCUCAACCAAUCUGCCAAUCUAUCGAUCUUACCGAUUCUUGGGAAAUAACCCAACCGACUGAUCCCGAAAGUCACAUUUGAUCCAUUUUAGACUAGCUGGUAGUAUUUCGUACUUUAUGUUCGAAUUUCUAACUUAUUAUUUUGUUGGUUAGGCCUAUUCGCAAGGGAUGGCAUUAGAUCUAGUUAGUCACUACGUUAUUCUUAUUCCUACAGUUAUCGUAAUUAUAAGCCUUGGCUCUAGUUACCUAGAUCUAAGUCCAGAUCCUUCCCUACGAAAAGGGGGGCUUGGCACCUCCCCUUUUCUUGUCGAACACGCAGACAGACAACCCUACACACACACACCCGAGUCAUUUACCAUUAUAUCUACAGUAAAUAUACUAUAUAUACAUACAUAUAUAUAUAUAUAUAUAUGUAUGCCAUGCCAUGCCAGUAGCACAUACCAUUGCAGACAUAUCCUAGCGUAGUUUAGCUCUUUUGCCCACCUCCCCCCACACUCCCCCAAAAAGAAAUGCAUACACACACUAUCGCCGUGAGCACACACUAAUCGCAGAUAUAGCGAUCAAUCGAGUGAGAAAAGUAACGAGAGUACACUUAAAAAAGAAUACCCAUACAACUUACUGAAAAUCUUGGAAAGUUGAAGUCCAAACAGGUUAAAUCCGGCCCCGGCAGUCAAAGCGAUGAUAAUCAAUCCAACGAACGGUGAGUUUAAGAACCCUCGAGACCCCUCUCCAAACCCCCGGUUAUCCUAUAUCUAUGUCUCCGUCUCGUUAGCAAUGCCCUUUGAUAUGAAUAUAAAUAUAUAUUUAUACUAUAUAAAUUUCUCUCGCUCCCCAAGAAAAAACGCAGUCUCAGUCGGUUUUCCCAUAAAAUUGUAUCUCUUUCUCUCUCUCUAUAUAUAUAUAUAUAUUUCUGUAUUAUGUUUUGACUUUGACUAAUCGAAUUCGUUUUUAUUUCAUUUUUUUUUUUCUGCGUAUGAAUCUUCAUUUUGAUUUUGCCUAUGCCCUCGGAUCUGCGCUAUAUGCCACUCUCGACCAUAUUAUUGAUAUAAUCGUAUAUGGAAUAUUUUGUAAACUUUUGCUUACGUUCUCCCUCCUGCGCCGAAUGUAAAACUGUAAGAAUCGCUUCAGCGCUCAGCCGCCUGCACCUGCUCAGCCGACGCUCCUGCGCUAUCCUGCUAUACCGUAACCGUUAUCGUUGCCGUUACCGUUAUCGCUAUAUCAUUAACGCUAUCGCAACCAGAAAUGCCAGCAGCAGCAGUAGCAGCAACUGCAGCAGCAGCAUCUGUAGCAUCUGCAGCAUCUGCAGCAUCUGCCGCAGCAACAACAUCAGCGUCUAGAACAACAACGAACAACUAGGAAGAUCUAACAGCCCUGUCAAAAUGCUGAGGCUGUGCGGCUCCUGCUUCUGCUCCUAAGUCCCGUUUCCCUGUGCUUCCCGAUUCCGGUGCAUGUGCAAUCAGUUGCUGUAUCCAAUCGAAAUCGAAUAACAAUCGAAUAUCGAUAUUGAGAUCGCGACAGUACCAGAAUCAGAUCGCGUCAAGCGCAAUCUGCCAGCAAAUUCAAAUCCAAGCAAAGCAAAUCAAAGCAAACAAAAAGCAAAAGCAAAGCAAUCCCAAAUCAAAAGCAAACAAAAACAAAACAAAUUGCAAAACUUUUGCAAGAAAUAUACACAACGGCGCACGCUUAGCACAUUUGCAUUCAAAAUACAACUUACUUGCUACCUAUAUCUCCACAGCCAACAUACCCAAAAUACACCCAACACACUCUAAACACACAGACACUAUCACACAGGAAUGCAUACACCAACUAAAGAGUUAAAUUGAAACUUUUUUGGCUUUUCUACUCACUUUGAACACGUUUUUUCUCUCGCUUUGAUUUUGAUUUCGUUCCUUGACUCGAGUACUCGAAUGAGCAUUAUAUCAGCAACUACUCUUUGCCUAAUUACGAUCGCUUAACUAUACCUAAUCUCUAUGUUACGAACACAUCAAAACGACCACGUCCCCAAUUAAAAAAGAAGACACACACAUCCACUGCUGCACGGCAAUUUGUCUGUUGGGUCGGAAGAAUUGCCGUACAGCUUUGUCCACUCAUGGCCAUUAUCAUCCUAAAAGAGAAAUCAAAAAUUUUAAGCACACACACACAGUCAUGACACACACAGACUAUCGAAAGAAAACUUAUUAAAUCAUGC